UGAGCGCGGCAGCAGGGAGAGGGAGGAUGGAGAUAUGUGUGCUCCUCGUGGAGCAGGGGGCAGGGCUGGAGAUACCAAACCGCAGAGGAAUGGUCCCACUGCUCAGUGCCUCCAAACACGGACACACACAGGUUGCAGAGUUGUUGCUGAAGCAAAGCGCAGACAUCAAUGUCAGUGACAAGCAGGGGCGCACUGCACUGAUGCUGGCUGCCUCCGAGGGCCACACAGGCACUGUUGAACUCCUGCUGUCAAAGGGGGCGUCUUUGUCCGCCGCUGAUCAGGAGGGGCUGACUGCCCUGAGCUGGGCCUGCCUGAAGGGACAGAAAGGUGCGGUGCAGCUUCUGGUGGAGGCCGGCGCAGACCUGAACCAGCCGGACAGACAGGGGCGGACGCCUCUCGAUCUGGCUGCUCUGAACGGGGAUGCAGACACAGUGCAUUGCCUGGUGGAACACGGAGCGGUGCUGGAGAGAGACAACAGCACCAGAGGAUCAGACCGGGCGACCGGCUGCCAGAACCCGGCCCUGGUGGCCUCGCUGCUUAAGAAAGGAUCCAAAGCAGGCUACAGAACGUCUCUGCAUGAUCGAUCAGGUCAUGCUACGUGGGCUAUGGCUUCUUCCAAACCAGACAUUCUCCUCAUCCUGCUGCAGAAGCUGAUGGAGGAAGGGAACAUGCUUUACAAGGGACGUAUGAAGGAGGCGGGCCAGCGGUACCAGUACGCCCUGAGGAAGUUGCCACGUGAGGGUCAAGGAGAGGAGCUGAAAGGGCUGAAGGAGCUGCGGGUCUCCCUUUAUCUCAACCUCUCCCGCUGCCGCAGGAAAACCAACGAUUUCGGUUUAGCUGAGGAGUUUGCAACAAAGGCCUUGGAACUCAAACCCAGGUCUUAUGAAGCACAUUAUGCCAGAGCACGCGCCAAAAGGAGCAGCAGGCAGUUUGCUGCAGCGCUGGCAGACCUCCAUGAAGCAGCACGACUCUGUCCAUCCAACCGGGAGAUCCGACGCCUGCUGUCUCGGGUAGAGGAGGAAUGCAAACAUCAUCAGAAGGCAACCAGCACCAACUCGAUGCAGGGUUACAACAGGGACCUGUACACCCACCACCAUCAAGGCACAGACGAAGAGACUGACGCCUAUUCACAGGGAAGUCUCGAGAGGCAAGUCCCCGAGGAGCACGCUGAUGCAGAGAAGGAGGACGAGAAGGAGGAUGGUGAUGAGGUGAGCCUGCCCUGUGGGAAAAGCCCAGAUUUUUGGCCUCUGAAUCCAUACGCUCCAAACAGGACUCUCCCUGGAGGUGUGGCCUUCGGUUUAACAGAUCAGGUGCCACAUUUCCCUCAGGAAGAGUAUGUACAGAACCAGCUGUUUGUGGACUUGCCUGAGCCAGUUCCUGCUAUCAACAGGCAGACCCAGAACCACGGCAGCAGGACUCAUCACCAUUGCCACUCCCUCCAGUCAGGGGGCAGAGUUGGGGGCAGGCCUCUCUCUCUGUGCGGCCCCUCCAGUCCGCUGCCGGGUAGACACAUCUCCACCUCCCUGAGGCCCGCGCCAGUGCUGGGCAUCGACAUCGGCCCAGGAUCAGUCAAUGAACACUGUGGACACAGCCCCACUGAGCUCUAUCACCCCAUGUCCCCCAACAGCUCCUCCCCACCUGGACCUCUGCACAUGUACCAGCCCCGCUCAUCCAGCUUCUCCAGGGGAUCCGACAGACUUUCCACCCACUCUGUGGCUCUGGAUGGCCUGGCCCUGGCUCUGGGAUCCGGCAUGGAGGUCAGGAGGGAGAGCGGAGGAGGGGGCACAGCAGGCUCACGGGGCUCUAGCUCCAGUCAGGCCUCCAGCGGGAACCUGUCAGACGGCGGCAGGCAGCAGGUGCUGGAUGCCCCGUGCCCCAUCAAGAGCAGUGGUAGCUUCAAAACAAAACCUGAGCUAAAGCCCCGGCCUUUCAUGGGAGUAAUGGACAAAGCAGUGCGAGUUCAGGGCCAGCAGACGUCUGGCCGUCAGGGGCAGGGAGGAGGGUUGGAGAGUUUCAGCAUGUCAGUCAUGGAGUUCCAAGGGUUGAACAAUGACUUCAAGCGCGCCUCCUUCCAGGAGCAACUCUCUGGAAGUCAGGUAAGCAGCCAGCAGCAGGGCCGCGAGUUUGGGGAAAGGCUGCACCAGCGAGAAGCAAGAGGUUCCACAUCCUCCCAACUCCGCUUUCCUGAUGGGAGGCACAGACAGGCGAGCCUCACCAGAGACAACCCAGCUCUGCACAUGGCUCCCAUCAAACCCAAACGCUCCUUUAUAGAGUCUAACGUCUGAACAUAGUCUAUCAAAGCACAGA